CCAAUAAGCCCAUCUGUACCUAACCCGUAGACAAUUUGAAGUCUCUUUUUUUGCUUUUCGCAAACUUAACAAACUCUGCAAACUUUACAAAACUCUGUUCCAACUGUUUCUUCGUCCAAUGUUCAACGACAAGCCAAAGCGCAAUUUGUACCUGUUAUGAGAUACAUGUAGUCAAGUUACAUGACCGGGAGCCUCGCCAUCUUACUCUACUCGAACUGUGCCAUCAUAUUCGAGCGCACUACGAAACGUUUCGUCCCAUCUUCGAAGUAGUGUCGACGUCCCGGCGCCGUCUUUAGGGCGACCGACGUCUCUCCCUUGCCAUGCGCUCGCCCGCUUUUCCACCGAGGAGGCCCUCUCACCUCGUCCGAUAUGUUUUCCCGGCUGUACUCCUCCUCGGUAUCUUCUACUACCUAUCUAAUAAGCCCCAAGAGGCCCUCUCACCUAAUACCUAUUUAACCUCCGAUCGCGAUUCCUUUAAAUCCUCAUCAUCGUCAUCUCCCCCCGCUUCUUACGACCAUGGGACACCUGACGUUGUUGAUCAACCCGCCAAGAAUCCGUCCACCAAUCAGAAACCCGUCCACGGAGAUCUAAACGACGGAAAUCGAGACGACGAAGACAAGCCAGUACACGAAUCGAAACCUGUCCAACCCGCUCCGCCAAAACCCGCUACGGACCACCCUAUCGACCAGCUAAUCAAAGUUGCUGAUAAAGAUUUCGGAGACCUACUAGCUAAAGAGUCGAACACGCUGGCCGAAGCUGCCCAAGCUUAUCGUAAACGUCGCGGGCGGCAUCCGCCUCCAGGUUUCGAUAAGUGGUACGAGUUCGCCAAGGAGAAUGAUGCAAUCCUAGUCGAAGAUUUCUUUGAUCAGAUUUAUCACGACCUGAAUCCAUUUUGGGGGCUAGAACCUUCCAACAUUCGCGAUGAGGCAGGGGGCUACGAGAUGGUUAUUAACAUACGCAACGGCAAUGCGAGUGCCGAAAGCGACUGGUUUUGGACUCAGAUCUGGUUAGAUAUGAUUCAGACUAUCGAACAUUUGCUACCCGAUAUGGAUAUCGCUCUAAACGCAAUGGACGAGCCGCGACUUGUAGUGCCGUGGGAGGAUAUCAAUGCCUACAUGAAGAAGGAAAAGCAGAGCCGAAUUUUGAAUCCCGCUAAAAGUAUCGUCAACGAGUUCCAGAAGUUGCCACCUCCGGUUAAAUACGACGAAAAGUCCGUUCAUACUGUCGAUAAGGACUGGGAAGACACAAACCCGUACUGGUUAAUCGCUCGCCGAGGUUGUCCUCCCGACAGUCCUGCCCGCAAGCAGCCCGCCCUUAGUUCGUUCGACGGUAAACCUAGCUUCUCCCCGGAGUGGGCAACACCCCAUCAAUACCAAGGAUAUGUGGCCAACUCGACGCUCUCGUCCGAAUUUUGCCAUCAGCCCGACCUACAAGGACUUGAAGGUAUCUUCAUACGGCCCCUCACAACAUCUGCGACUAAGGUUCUCUUCCCGAUGUUUGGAGGAAGCAAGCUGGCCACUAACAACGAGAUCCUUCUUCCGGCUCCCAUGUAUUGGAACGAGGAGGAAAGGUUUACCGGAGGAGACGACCACGGGCCGUCGUGGGAUAGCAAGAUCGGCCCUCUCAUCUGGCGCGGCGUGGCUACCGGCGGCCGCAACACUGAAUUGAAUUGGAAGGGUUUUCAGCGGCAUCGGUUCGUCUCGAUGAACAACGGAACCAAACUGAAGCGCGCCGAAGAGGAUACCGAGGCGCCAAUCAAUUUUGAACUGCCUAGCACGACCUAUAAUCUGGCGGCGCAAAAGGAGAGGCGGCUGGGUGCAUGGGUUGAGCAGUGGUCCGAUGUUGGCUUCACCGACCUGUUCUGUGACCCUGACAUAGAGCCCGAGCAGAAAGACGGGCGCUGUAUAUAUACUGACGAGCACUACGAAACCGUACUCGGCCAGAAGCUAGCGGUUCAGUUUUACUACAAGUAUCUUCCCGACAUUGAUGGCAACUCAUUCUCGGGACGUUACCUCGGCUUCCUACGAAGUACGAGUUUGCCCAUAAAGAGCACGCUUUGGCGCGAGUGGCACGACAGCCGCCUGGUAGCCUGGAAGCACUUCGUGCCGAUGGAUAACCGAUUCAGCGAUUACUAUGGUAUCAUGGAAUAUUUCCUCGGCUACAACGACGGCGUUCCUGGACACGACGAAGUAGCCGAGAAGAUCGCGAUGGACGGAAAGGCCUGGGCCGAAAAGGUGCUCAGAAAAGAAGAUAUGCAGAUCUAUGUGCUGCGGUUGCUGUUGGAGUAUGCGCGAAUCGCGGAUGACCGAAGAGAAACCAUGGGCUGGGUUGGCGAUUUGUUGUCGUGAAGAGGAGAUACGAAGGACGAAAGUAACUAAUCAUGACACAUACCCUUUAGAUGACGAGCUUUAGUGCAUAACAUCGUCGAUAUACCAAUAAGAGGACGGCGUUAGGGUGGGUUAAGGCAUUGAAAUGUUGGCAUGCCAGCAUGGAGCAGAUGAGCUCGCGAGCAUAUGGCCAAUUGGUCUCGGUAACCGGCGUUGGAUGGUGUAUUUAAAGACGAACAUGGAAGUCUCUAGGUUGCUACCGCAGGUAGCAAAAUUAAGAAAGUACCUCGAUAUUUUAUUUUUAUAUUCGACGAUUGAAGGUAUUUCUCUUUUACAUCUACGUAGACUUAGUAUGACAUUGGAGAGGUCGAUAUGAUGGGUUUCACUUCCCCUUCAACAAUGGCAACGACUAUAAUAGUCUAUAAUAGUCUUAGACCAAUGCACUCACUCGGAACAAUGGCAUCUUAGCAGUGCUAAAACUUGUAUAUUCACUUGUAUAGUCAGGGGUCUCCGUGUUAUAGGAUAUAUUUACUUCCUUUAUACUUCCUUUAGGCAGUUGAAAACACGAGACACGGAUGUAGGUGCAUAUGAGUAAGGUAGGUAACUAUAGGUUAGGUAGGUAGUAGGUAUGUUGUAAGUAUGACGUAGCGGCAAUGUUCUACAACCUUACGACAAUUAGGUACAUAAUACCCGCCAAUUUUAGUAGGUAUUGUACAUAAUCAGGACUUGGGCAAGUUCAU